UUUGAACUUUGCUUUAUUGGAGAGGUGGUCAAACAGGAAAGCGCAGAUGGCUUCAGGAUAGCCAACUGGUCCAGGUUGGGGGCCGGGGGGAGGGGAGAUGGGUGUGGAGAAGGCGCUCUCAGUAUUGGAGUGGGUGAUGGAGAGGCGUGUCCGAACAGUAUAGCUUCUCAGUUGGAGCAAACAGCGGACUGAUGGGGGGAGGGGGGCGGGGUCGUGGAAGAGAAACCCCACGCGUCCUCGUGGCCUCUGCCUUUGAUUUCGCCGCUGGAACUACUCAGGCCAGUUAGCGGGCGGGGGUGGGUCUGCCUUAUCGAGGGUGAGCAGGCGGGUGGCAGGCUCACCCCCACCCUGGAACCAAGAGCUACUCACAUUUCCUCCCCUCGUUUAGGCUGGUGUGCUAGCUCCUUGUGUGGCGGAGAAGAACCUCGCUAUUCAGGACAAGACUUUACUUCUGGGGGGAAGCAGAGAGAGGUGGUCGUCUGUGAGGGGGAGGGCGAAUAGCUGUGGGUGAUGAGACGGGAGCGGGUCUCAGGAAGUGGAGUCUGAAAUGAAGCAGGUUUAGCAGCAUCUAUAAUCAAGCCUCUCCUGGCUUGCGCUGGGGGAAUGCGAGAGCAUAGAAACCCCUAAGGGGCGGCCAGGGGUGGGUGGGAAGAGGGGUGGGGAAUAGGCGGGGGUUAGGGAGGGAGCCCCGCAACUGAGGGGCCUGUGGGUAGGGCCAGACUGGAGGAGGCGGAGCUUCGGAGCAGGAGAGCUAGGGGCCGGGGCUGGAGCCCUAUUGCAGAAGCUUGAGCUCAAACCAGAGUGAGACUCUCGGAGCUAGCGCAGUUCUCUUGACCCAGACCUGAAAGCGCAGAGUCCUGCUACCUUUGGCUCCUGGCCUGCGGUGCUAUCAGACCCUUUCCGUCUUCAUGCUGUCCCCCCCCUGCUCCGGAGCCCCCUGUUCCAAUGUCUCAGACCGAGGCGGACCUGGCUUUGAGAUCCCCGCCGCCUCCCGCUCCUGCCGGGGCUCCCCGCCUCGGCCCGGCACCCCGGCGGAUGCGUCGCUUCUCCGGAAAAGGGGAGCUCCGACCACGCUCCACGCGUUUCAGCCGCCGCAGUUCGGUGGACCUGGGGUUCCUGAGCACUUGGUCUGAGCCCGCCCCGCCCCUCCCUGAUCCCCCGGGCCCUCCGGAUUUAAGUAGUCCGGGUUCCCCCAAGUCUUUACAGCCUAGCUCCGGGGAGCAGGCGGAGGGUGCACCAAACGGGGGUCCUGCAGGAAAGUCAGGAGAUCUAGGGCGUCCGGAACUCUCAGGAUCGGGGGGAGGCCUGGGUUUCGGGGAGAUGCUGCAGAGCCCCGGUGGGGUGGCGCCUGAGAGGCUACGAGAGCAGGAGGAGAAGGAAGAUACGGAGACGCAGGCUGUGGCCACGUCCCCGGACGGCCGCUAUCUUAAGUUCGACAUCGAGAUCGGACGUGGUUCCUUUAAGACUGUCUACAGGGGUUUGGACACAGACACGACGGUGGAGGUCGCUUGGUGUGAACUGCAGACUCGGAAACUGUCUCGGACAGAGAGGCAGCGUUUCUCCGAAGAGGUGGAGAUGUUGAAAGGGCUGCAGCACCCCAAUAUCGUCCGCUUCUACGACUCGUGGAAAUCUGUGCUGAAGGGCCAAGUCUGCAUUGUACUAGUCACAGAACUUAUGACUUCGGGCACGCUCAAGACAUACCUGAGGCGAUUCCGUGAAAUGAAGCCUCGGGUCCUUCAGCGCUGGAGCCGACAGAUCCUGCGUGGGCUGCACUUCCUGCACUCCCGGGACCCCCCUAUCUUGCACCGGGACCUCAAGUGCGAUAACGUCUUUAUUACGGGGCCCACUGGCUCAGUCAAGAUCGGGGACCUUGGCCUAGCCACACUGAAGCGCACUUCCUUUGCCAAGAGCGUCAUCGGGACCCCGGAGUUCAUGGCACCCGAGAUGUACGAGGAGAAAUACGAUGAGGCAGUGGAUGUGUAUGCAUUUGGCAUGUGCAUGUUGGAGAUGGCCACUUCUGAGUACCCUUAUUCUGAGUGCCAGAAUGCUGCCCAAAUCUAUCGCAAGGUCACUUCGGGCACGAAGCCUAAUAGUUUUCACAAAGUGAAGGUUCCAGAACUGAAGGAGAUAAUAGAAGGCUGUAUCCGCACCAAUAAGAAUGAGAGGUUCACCAUCCAAGAUCUCCUGGCUCAUGCCUUCUUUCGAGAAGAGCGAGGUGUACAUGUGGAACUGGCAGAGGAGGACGAUGGGGAAAAGCCGGGGCUGAAGUUGUGGUUGCGAAUGGAGGAUGCCAGGAGGGUUGGCCGUCCUCGAGACAACCAAGCCAUUGAGUUUUUAUUCCAGCUGGGAAGGGAUGCGGCUGAGGAGGUGGCCCAGGAAAUGGUGGCUCUGGGACUAGUCUGUGAAGCAGAUUACCAGCCUGUAGCUAGAGCUGUUAGAGAAAGAGUCGCUGCCAUUCAACGAAAAAGAGAGAAGCUUCGUAGAGCUCGGGAGACAGAGCCACUCCCACCACCCCCGGGACCACCUCCAGUGGUUGCCCCCACAGCUCCUGGUCCCGAAGCUCCCUUUCCCCCUGAACCUGAGGAGCCUGAGGCAGAUCAGCACCAGCCAUUCCUUUUCCGUCAUGCCAGCUACUCCUCUACCACUUCGGAUUGUGAGACUGAUGGUUACAUUAGCUCCUCUGGCUUCAUUGAAACUUCAGACCCAGUGCUGCAGCCCCAUGGAAGAGAACCAUCCAGCCCUGCUGAUCCUCAGAUCUGCCUGCCUUCGGCCUUUGCCUUAUCCAUUCCCCGAUCUGGUCCAGCCAGUGACUUCUCCCCUGGGGAUAGUUAUACUUCAGAUGCAGCAUCAGGACUCAGUGAUGUAGGAGAAGGUCCAGGAAGAAUGAGGAGACCCCCUGGGAGAAGCCCAAAGCGCAGACCUCGAUCCCGCCUACGUGUUACCAGCGUGUCGGACCAGAAUGACCGAGUCGUUGAGUGUCAGUUGCAGACACACAACAGCAAGAUGGUGACCUUCCGAUUCGACUUGGAUGGAGACAGUCCUGAGGAGAUCGCAGCUGCCAUGGUAUAUAAUGAGUUCAUUCUGCCGUCUGAGCAGAGUGGAUUCCUGGGCCGCAUUCGGGAAAUUAUUCAGCGUGUGGAGACCUUGCUAAGGAGAGAAGGGGCCCCUGUGGGGGCCACUGGAGAUGCCCCAACUCCCCAGGAGGAGCCCAUGAUACCGGCUCUCCCUGGCCCCCUCUCACUCCCAGUCAGUGAAACCAAGAACAGUACUUCUCUGGAACAGAAAAACUGGACAUCUUUUCCUUCCUCCCCCUUGUCACCAGGGUAUCCCCUGUCUCCUGGGACCCCCAUUACUCCAGGUCCUUCCUUCCCUGUCACAGCCCCCCACUUACCUAUCACUUCCUCCCCAUAUCCCCUCUCUUCCUCCCAGUUUCCUUCCAGUCCUUCCCAAUUCCCCAACACAUCGUCCCAGCUCCCAAGUCUCUCUUUCCCUCUUAGUCCUCCAUCCCCGUUUCCUCCUAGCCUCUCCCAGUUCCCCAUCCCAUCCUCCCAAUUUCCCCCAAGUCCCUCUUCCUUUCCCUCCACUUCUCCACCCUCACUCUCCCCUAAUUCCUCCCAAUCUCCCAUCAUAUCCUCCCAGUUCCCCCCAAGCCCUUCUUCCUUUCUGCCCAGUUCUCCACCUCCUCCCCUCCUUUCUCUGGCUGGUGCCUUCUCUCUGGCUGUGAUGACUGUGGCUCAGUCCCUGCUAACCCCCCAACCCCAGCUCCUUCCUCGACCUCCAAGCCCUCCUGCCCCUCCACCAAGUCCCCCAGCCCCUCUUGUACCAUGCAGCUUGGAGAGUCUUCCACCACCCAAAGCUGAGGAGCAAAGUGAGGCCACCCCCAGUUCUCAGUCGCUCCAGGUUGAAGCCAGGCUGUCACCCAUCACAGAAGAAGGGAAGCCACAGCUUGUCGGGCGUUUUCAAGUGACUUCAUCAAAGGAGCCAACCGAACCCCUUCUCCAACAGCCAACAGCUCCACCUCCGGGUUCCCCAGAACCUUCCACCCCCCUGCUGGCCCCCGAGAGCUCAGACACAGAGGAUAGUGCUGGAGGAGGGCCAGAGCCUGGGGAGGCUCUAGCAGAGAGCGAUCGGGCAACAGAGGGUCUGGGGCCUGGAGCUGAGGGGGAGGAUGGGGAAGAGGAGAGGGAGCCACGGAUGGGCACCAGCCCCCCUCCUCCAAGCCAACCCAGCCCGGUGUGGUUGAAUUACACAUACAGCAGUAGCCUGUGUCUGAGCAGUGGGGACUCAGAGAGCAGCGGGGAGGAUGAAGUCUGGGCAGAGCUGCAGAAUCUUCGUCAGAAACACCUGUCUGAGGUGGAGACCUUGCAGAUGACGCAGAAGAAAGAGAUUGAGGACCUUUACAGCAGGCUAGGGAAGCAACCCCCCCCAGGCAUAGUGGCUCCUGCUACCAUGCUCUCUAGCCGGCAGCGUCGAAUCUCCAAGGGCAGUUUCCCUGCCUCUCGUAGAAAUAGUCUGCAGCGACCAGAGCCCCCGCCCCCUGGCAUUAUGAGAAGGAAUUCUUUAAGCGGCAGCAGCGCUGGCUCUCCAGAACAGCGACCAAGCAAGGGGGUGACAUUCGCUGGGGAUUUUGGCAGGAUGUGAGUCCAGAAGCAAAGCAAUGUGGGACCGGGGUAGAGCUGAUGCCUUCAGGACCUGGUUGAUCAGUCUAACUCAGCAUACUACACCAAGCUGGAGUGGCAGUGUGGUGUGGUGUUUGACAUCAGGAGUCACCUGGAUCGCAAUCCUCUCUCUGAUACAGUGUGCCCAACGGGCUAGUCACUUUUAACUCUGUGCCUCCAUUUUCUCAUCUGUAGUAAUAGUUAUAAUGGCUCACAGGGUUGUGAGGACCAAAGGAAAUGCCUGGACAGUGCUUUGCACAUCUUAAAAGUGCUACAUAAAUAUGUUAAGUGUCAGCUAUCACAAUGAUCACAUCCCAGGAAUAGGGAUGGAGAACCGGGGGAGAAUACCUCUACCCUAUCAAAUGAGACAAAAUUUGUAAAGCAUUUUACAAGCCUUAAAAUCCUAUAUAAAUGCUAAUUAUUACUAUCAAAAAAGAGCAGCUGAAGAGACUUUUGCAGUGUGGAGUGUGAACCCUAGGGCUUCCAAGCACCAACCACUAAAACUACCCAAGGUUGCUUGCUUGUGGAGAACUUCCCUGUUCAAUUCCCCCAGCCAAAGGCUGGGAACACUGUCAGACUUGUACAGAAGCCAAUAAAAAUAUUGGAAAUGAG